AUCUGAGGCUGUCAGCGAUGACUCUGGUUCUGUCCAUGAAUAGAUUCUGCGAGCCCAUUGUCUCGGAAGGAGCUGCUGAAAUUGCAGGGUACCAGACACUAUGGGAGGCUGACAGCUACGGAGGCCCGAGCCCCCCAGGGCCAGCACAGGCUCCUCUGCAGGGAGACCGGGGAGCCGGCCCCCCGCUGGCAGGAUCACAUUACAGGGGAAUUUCAAAUCCUAUAACAACAUCCAAGAUCACAUACUUUAAGAGGAAGUAUGUGGAAGAAGAGGAUUUUCACCCACCACUCAGCAGCUGUAGCCAUAAAACCAUCUCCAUUUUUGAGGAGCGAGCCCACAUCCUUUACAUGUCCUUAGAGAAGCUAAAGUUUAUCGACGAUCCUGAAGUGUACCUCCGAAGAUCUGUCCUGAUAAACAAUUUGAUGAAAAGGAUCCAUGGAGAAAUUAUCAUGCAGAAUAACUGGUGCUUCCCUGCCUGCUCGUUCAAUGGCGCCCCUGCCCAGGAGUGGUUCGUGGCUCAGGACUGUCCUUACCGGAAACGACCGCGGAUGGCCAAAGAGGAGUGCGAGAAGAUUCAUGCCUGCUGCUUUUACCAAGAUUGUGGUGGUCACUACCUAAAUUUACCCCUUUCUGUCAAUGCUAAUGUUGGAAGUGCCUCCACCACUGCCUCCUCCUCUUCUUCCUCCUCCUCCUCCUCCUCCUCCUCCUCCUCUUCCUCUUCCCCUCUGCCUUUACCAAGUUGUUCCCACCAGGUGGAUUUUGAUGUAGGCGGUGCACCGAUUUACAAGGGUGAUGGCCAUAUACCUGCCAGCGAAAUCUUUGUUACUAAUGUCAGGUCGCUUGGUGUUCAGGAAAAGGCCAAAUUACAUGAGGAGAAAUCAAACGAUGACACUGACAGGGCUGGUGGCCCCCUAAGCCAUGAACCUGUGGGAAAUGACCUCGCUUUUGAGUGCAAAGGCCAAUUUUAUGAUUAUUUUGAGACUGGCUAUAAUGAAAAACACAGUGUCAGUGAGUCCUGGAAAAAGUCCUUGAGGAGAAAGGAGCCUUCACCGGGCAACAAACUGUGCUGCAGCAAAAGGAAGUGAAACACGAGCCAUCUUCCCACCGCAACUCUGACGCAUGCUCAGCAUGAUCAAUUAGCGCUCCUACAUUUUAUUCUGAAUGGAUUUUUCUAGUUUUGUACAACUGAUACGAUUAUGCCAUGAA